CACAUUCACAUGAGAGAAAGAGAGCUGCAGGUCAUCUGAACAUAAGAGACACUAGUUAUUACUACUGCACAACACUUUAAGAGUUUAUCUGCUGUCAAAUGACUCACAAUGUUUUUUCGGCUAUCAGUUUUUCCAAGCGCAAAAGUGUCAAUGUUUUGACAGGAAGUGAGUGGUCGAGUUUAUGAAGACUUUCUCGACAUCAUUCAGGUGUACGUGAACUACGAGAAUAAUUUGGGGGCUUUAGAUUACCGACAGCAGUUUGACUUCAACGCUAAGCCCCCUUGGGAUCCUAGCUGAUAGCUGGAGAGGUCAACCUUUGACCUGUCCAUUGGAUAUCGCUUGGACCCAAGAGCUCUGAGGCUUUUCAUCAUACAUUGAUCUGAAUGAGUAUGAAGGGAACUCUGGAUGAUGUGCAUCAUUCUGUGGAGCUGCUCAAGGGCAGUACAGCUCUCAGAGAUGUGAUCAAUAAACACAUCCAUGAUCAAACUCUUGCGAAUAAGAGUGCGUUUUUUGUAGCUGACCUUGGCGUGAUUGUGUGGCAGCAAGUUCGCUGGAGUGCUCAAAUGGAGCGGGUUCGGCCAUUCUACACGGUUCGGUGCAACAGCAGUCCCGUGGUGAUCGAGAUCCUGGCUGCUCUCGGCACUGGCUUCGUUUGCUCCAGCAAGACCGAGCUGGAUUUGGUGAAGGGCUUUGGCGUCUCAUCUCAUGACAUCAUGCUCGGUGGCACGUGUAAGCAGCUGUCUCACAUCAAGUACGCAGCCAAACACAACAUCCAACUCCUGAUUUGUGACAACGAGGUCGAGCUAAGGAAAAUUGCUCGCUGCCAUCCCAAAGCAAAGGUGCUACUGCAGUUGAUGUCAGAUAGCUGUUGUGAAAGAGCAAAAACAGCGCUGGUCUUCGGAUCGACGCUGAAGGACUGCAGACAUCUGCUAGAAAACGCCAAAGAGCUCAAUCUGAACAUUGCAGGAGUCAAGUUCAACGUUACUAGCUGUGGUCAGGACACAGAAGCGUUGUGUCGUGCGGUGUCUGACGCCCGCUGUGUCUUUGAUAUGGGGGAGGAGCUCGGGUUUAAAAUGAAUAUUCUUGACGUCGGGGAAGGCUUUGACGGAAGCGAGGCGCAGUUAGAAAAGAUUAACACAACGUUGAGACCCAUGCUGGACAUGUACUUUCCUCCAUCAAGCGGCCUGUCAGUCAUUGCUGAACCCGGAGCUUUUUAUGUGUCCUCUGCCUUCACACUGGCUGUGAAUAUAAUCGCUAAGAAAACUGUGGGACGAGAUUUUAGUGGUCAAACACACAAUCCACUGUCAGCCAAUGAUGAGCCAGAGUUUCUCUACUACAUGAAUGAUGGGGUUUAUGGGUCUUUUGCCAAUAAGCUGUUGUGUGACGAUUCUAUAUCAAAGCCGCUGGUGCACAAGGGAGUGGCUGCAGAAGAACCCCUGUUCUCCAGCAGUUUGUGGGGUCCAUCUGAAGAUGAUCUGGAUCAGGUGUUAGAUCAAUGUCUCCUCCCAGAACUCGCCGUGGGCGACUGGCUUCUUUUUCUCAGUGCGGGGGCAAACAGUCUGAGGACAGCGUUCACUAACGGAGACGAACCCAAACCACCUGUUUUCUACACCAUCACUGAACGUGACUGGAAAGAGAUGGAUAAAUGUGGCAUCAGUAUGGACAGGAAUAUUAAGAACUUCUCUCUGGUACCGUGCUGCCUGCCGCCAAACAUGUCAGAUACACCUGUCUCUACUCCAGCCUAACACAAAGUUUUAUUAGUGAUUUUAGGCACUUAAGAAUGUGGUGUCUUCAGUUGUUUCGAAGAGGUUUGAACGUGACCAGAUUGUAGAUGCUUUCAAACUCAAAAGCCGUCAGAACUGAUGAAUUUACUACUAAUAAAUGUGGUUAGCUUUAACAGAACAGGCCAGCUGGCACUUGCACAUAUUGCUGUGUUAUAUUUAAGGCCGUUUUAUAAAUAUAAACGCAACGCAUAUAAAAUUAUCUUGAAAAGUCAGUCAUGUAUGGCACAGGAACAUUAAAGCUAGACUAUUUAUCACGUCUGGUUUCAUCGUCAGAUGUGUCUCAAGAAAUGUGCUCUGGUAUUUGAAUUAUGGUAUGGUUUUGGAUUGUGAAUAUAAAUGAUCAAGAAUGUUGAUAAGACUGCAAAAUAAUGAUCUUUGACAUUUUAACUGCUGCAUAGAUAGACCAGCCGAGUAAUAUCGAGUAAUCAAUAUGUUUUUUAAUAGACAAACUGCAAUGGAAACUUUGUAUUUCAGAAAACACGUAGAAAUCGUAUGGCAGAAAUAUACUUGACCCAAGUAUGCAAACAGAGAUGCUUUGCUAAUUAAUGACGAGUAACAAGCAUCAAUAUUCAAUAGAGUCAUGGUUUCUUUUAAAUAUCUGUGCAUUUGUGGAGUGAUAUGCACAGAAAAGAAAAAGUUAUAAAAAAAGUAAAUGUCUACAUUUUUAUUUCCUUUGAAAAGGUUCUUAUCAAACGAUUCUAUUCUUUUACCUAAACAUUAGUUUGUAUUGUAUAGGGACACAAAGAAUGCAACACAACAUGUGUUCAAGAGAGCGUUCCGAUGCACAAACUUAAAAAGAUUGGAAGCGUUUGUGUUUAUGUGCUGGUAUAGGGUUUGCUUCAGUCCUGUUUCUCUGAACGGUAGGUGAAGCAGGACCUGAAUUUAAGAUGCCUACAGCGUUACAUCAACAUUGAUGUGUUUUGUGCUGGCUGGUCUCAGAAUGUGUUGAUGGUGGGAGCAUGUGAUGCUGGGUGAGGCAGGAGAAGUGGGUUUAAUAUAAGGAUCAAAAACAUGUAUAUGAUUGCUCUUUGGCUGGAAGGUCAUUUUAAAAGAUUAAAACAUUGUUCCAACAUAACAUGUACUGUACAAUCUUUGUUGGCAAUUAACAAUAUUUGCCUUUUCAUGACCAAGUUGUGCUGUCAAUAAAUGUUAUUAAAUGGC